CACACUUCCAGUUCCCCACCCAACACACACCAAGAACGACAUGCAGGCCACCGCUCAAGCCGUCAAGGACGUCCUCUCGUCCGACGACUCGUCGUCGUCCAAGCCCAAGCCGGGCCAGUUCGACCGUGGCUACCAGCCCGACCCGACCGCGUCUAAGGAGUCGCAGGGCGGCGACGACUCGCGCCCUCCCGGCGUGCAGCACACCAUGCCCGACACGCUCGUCGACGACGUUCUCGCCAACGGCACCCCGUACAAGCCCGUCGGCAAGUUUGAGGGCCGCGUGUGGCUCAUCACGGGCGGCGACAGCGGCAUCGGCCGCGCGACCGCCAUCCUCGCGGCUCUCGAGGGCGCCAACGUCUCGAUCGUGUACCUGUCGGCCGAGCAGAAGGACGCCGAGGACACGCGCGACUACAUCACGCAGAAGACGCAGGGCCGCAGCCAGGUCCUCCUCCUCCCGAUGGACGUCAAGCUCGAGGCCAACGCCAUCAAGGCCGUCGACGCCACCGUGUCCAACUUUGGCCGCAUCGACGUCCUCUUCCUCAACGCCGCUCAGCAGCUCGAGAACCACGACAUCACGACGCUCGAGUCGAAGCAGUGGGAGGACACGUUCCAGGUCAACAUGCACCACAUGUUCUACUUCUCCAAGGCUGCGCUCCCUCACCUCAAGAAGAACAAGGGCGCCAACAUCGUCACGAAUGCCUCGGUCAACGCCUUCAUCGGCCGCCCGGACCUCCUCGACUACACUUCGACCAAGGGCUCGAUCGUCGCCUUCACGCGCGCGCUCGCCAACCAGCAGGCCGAGCACGGCAUCCGUGUCAACACGGUCGCCCCGGGCCCGAUUGUCACGCCCCUCGUCCCUGCGACGUUCGGCAAGGAGAACCUGAGCCAGCUCAACUCGGGCCCGCUCGGUCGCCCUGGCCAGCCUAUCGAGAUUGCCGCGCCGGUCAUCUUCCUCGCGUCGUGGGACGCAAGCUACGUGACCGGUGUGACGAUUCAUGUGUCGGGCGGCCAGUACGUCGCCUGAGCGCGCUCGCUCUCGCGCUUCGAGGCCCGCCUCUCUCGCUUGACGCCGCAGUUGUUCGUAGCUUGCCAGAGCUUGUAAAUAGUCAGUCGGCGACGUUCGGAUCCGCU